CGUUCGGCUUCGCCCCCGUCCCCGCCCGAAAGGAGAAACCUUGCUGUCCCGGCUCGGAUCGCUCAGUGUCCUGGUCGGCAGCACUCGCCUUGUUCUCUUCACUGCUGCCAGCCAUGUUGCUUGCCAGCUUGAAGUCUGCGCCCCAGCGCCGAGUGUUCGUGGUGGGGGUUGGCAUGACCAAGUUCAGUAAGCCUGGAGGUGAGAAUUCAAGAGACUACCCUGACUUGGCAAAAGAAGCAGGCCAGAAGGCUUUAGCUGAUGCACAGAUCCCUUAUUCACUAGUGGAACAGGCAUGUAUGGGCUAUGUUAAUGGUGAAUCUACCUGUGGGCAGAGAGCUAUCUAUCACAGUUUGGGACUGACUGGAAUUCCUAUAAUCAAUGUUAACAAUAACUGUUCUACUGGUUCCACUGCUUUGUUUAUGGCCCGUCAGCUGAUUCAGGGAGGUAUGGCAGAUUGUGUCUUGGCUCUUGGGUUUGAGAAGAUGGAAACUGGAUCCAUUGGAACGAGAUUUUCAGAUAGGACCUGUCCAGUUGAUAAACAUGUUGAAGUCAUGGCCAAAAAGUAUGGAUUGUCUUCAGCCCCAUUAGUUCCUCAGAUGUUUGUGUAUGCUGGAAAAGAGCAUAUGGACAAAUACGGAACAAAACUUGAACAUUUUGCAAAAAUUGGAUGGAAAAAUCAUAAACAUUCAGUUAAUAACCCGUAUUGCCAGUUCCAAAAGGAAUACAGUUUAGAUGAAGUGAUGGCAUCGCGAAAAGUUUUUGAUUUUUUGACUCUCUUACAAUGUUGCCCCACUUCAGAUGGUGCUGCAGCGGCCAUUUUGGCUAGUGAAGCAUUUGUACAGAAGUAUGGCCUGCAAUCCAAAGCUGUGGAAAUUUUGGCACAAGAGAUGGUGACUGAUUUCCCAAGCUCAUUUGAAGAAAAAAGUGUUAUUAAAACGAUUGGCUUCGAUAUGAGUAAAGAAGCUGCAAGAAGGUGCUAUGAGAAAUCUGGCUUAAGACCAAGUGAUAUUGAUGUAAUAGAACUUCAUGAUUGCUUUUCAGUCAAUGAACUUCUUACUUAUGAAGCACUGGGACUCUGUUCGGAAGGACAAGGUGGAAAACUGGUUGAUAGAGGAGAUAAUACUUACGGAGGAAAGUGGGUGGUAAAUCCUAGUGGUGGAUUGAUUGCAAAGGGACACCCACUGGGAGCUACAGGUCUGGCUCAGUGCGCUGAACUCUGCUGGCAGCUGAGAGGGGAAGCCGGAAAAAGGCAAGUUCCUGGUGCAAAGGUUGCUCUGCAGCAUAAUUUAGGCAUUGGAGGAGCUGUCGUUGUAACACUUUACAAGAUGGGUUUUCCUGAAGCUGCCAGAACUCAUCAAAUUGAGGCUGUUCCAGCCAGCUCUGCAGUUGAUGGAUUUAAGGCAAAUCUUGUCUUUAAACAAAUUGAGAAGAAGCUUGAAGAGGAAGGGGAACAAUUUGUGAAGAAAAUUGGCGGUAUUUUUGCCUUCAAAGUGAAGGAUGGCCCUGAGGGUAAAGAAGCCAGCUGGGUGGUGGAUGUGAAGAACGGCAAAGGAUCAGUGCUGCCUAACUCAGAUAAGAAGGCUGACUGCACAAUCACAAUGGCUGACUCGGACUUACUAGCUUUAAUGACUGGUAAAAUUAAUCCUCAGACGGCCUACUUUCAAGGCAAAUUGAAAAUCACUGGCAACAUGGGUCUGGCUAUGAAGUUACAAAAUUUUCAGCUUCAGCCAGACAAAGCUAAGCUGUGAAGAACUCCCCUUGGCUACUUUUGAAAAUCAAGAUGAGAUAUAUAGAAAUAUAUUCCUAUAUUUCAUUGUCAGAAAUUAGACUGAAAGUACACAUUGGCAAAUAGCAUAAGAUAGAUUUGUUUUUUAAUGGGUGUGACCAGUCUUGUUUUUCCCUAGCUUUGGGUGAAUAGAACCUAAUGGUAUACCACUGCUUUGCUGAAUUGCAUACAACUGUGCAUUGCAAAGUUAAUAUGGUAAUUAUGGUUUGGGGUAAAAUUGAGUUUCAGAAUAAAAUUAGGAACAGUUAAAUCCAAAAACUAUGUAAACAAAAGCUCUCAUUUUGCUUAUAAAGUGUAUCUAAGGAUUAUUCUCCUGAAGAUUCAAUUUAAGAGUUUUCCUUGAGAGAAUUAGGGAAGAAACAGAAUUCCAGUAGUUGAUCGGUAAUUAGUGUUGUGCACUUAAUUACCUUAACCUAUUUUCCAUUAACAGUUUUUAAAAUUCUCUACUGGGAUGUAUUUUUUUUUUAAAGUUAUUUUGCAUUUCAUGCACUGAAAAAUGGUAUUUUCCUCCCAACUUAAAAGAAUUAUGAUCAGAGUUCAGGGGAAAACAUCUUAUAGCUGAACAUAGUCCUAUUUUAAAAAUAAAAAUGUUUAAAAAGUGGAUUUCCUCUUUGAAAAAUCAGUGUAUUAGAGUCAUAAAAUGGCUAUUGUUCAAAAUAAUUGAACAGUUUGCUUUGAGAUGCACAGCUUUUUGAACCAAUCUUAUAAUAAUUUAAUUAGAUUUGCAAAGCUCUCAGACUUUUAAAUUUUCCUUUUUCACGUAAGUUUAGUUUAAUUAAUUAUCCUCAUUUAUCUGUCUUCAUAGUUUUUCUAAUGCUAAUGUUGCUCUUUCUUAUAACUCAAUGAGAUAUUGGGUAAAAUAAUGCCUUUGGAAGAAUGUUUAAUAGAAAAUUAAAAUAGCUCUUACUGAUCUAA